GCAAAGGUCCCGCCGCCCGCCCCCUUCCCUCGCGAUCCCCCGCCCCGGCCCGGCCCAACCCGCGGGGCUUCUAAGACUCGGCAGGCUGCGGGCGCGGGGCGCGAGGCUCCAGGGAGGUAAUCUGGAGCUCUCAAAAUGUUUGCCAAAGCAACAAGGAAUUUUCUUAGAGAAGUUGAUGCUGGAGGUAACCUGAUCACAGUAUCAAAUUUGAAUGACUCUGAUAAAUUACAACUUCUAAGUCUGGUGACCAAAAAAAAGAGAUUGUGGUGCUGGCAGAGACCCAAAUACCAGUUUUUAUCUGUCACCCUGGGAGAUGUACUCACAGAAGACCAGUUUCUGAGUCCAGUGGUCGUGGAGUCGGACUUUGUGAAGUACGAGGGCAAGUUUGAAAACCAUGUGAGUGGGACCCUGGAGACGGCACUGGGGAAGGUCAAGCUGAACAUUGGUGGCAAAGGCCUCGUGGAGAGUCAGUCCUCGUUUGGAACCCUGAGGAAGCAGGAGGUGGACUUGCAGCAGCUCAUUGGAGUUGCCCAGGAGAGAACAAUAAAUCUGAAGAAUUCAGUGCUGCAGCAGGUGCUGGAGAGGAAGAAUGAGGUCCUGUGUGUCCUGACACAGAAGAUAGUGACGACGCGGAAGUGUGUGAUAUCCGAGCACGUCCAGAUCGAGGAGAAGUGCGGUGGCAUGGUGGGGAUCCAGACCAAGACCGUGCAGGUGUCAGCGACGGAGGAUGGGAACAUCAUCAAGGACAGCAAUGUGGUGCUGGAAAUCCCGGCUCCCACCACCAUCGCCUACGGCGUCAUCGAGCUGUAUGUGAGAGCAGACGGCCAGUUCGAAUUCUGCCUCCUGCAAGGGAAGCACGGGGGCUUCGAGCACGAGAGGAGAAGUGACUCUGCCUUCCUGGACCUCCUGCCCUUACGAGAGUUUGCGUUCUGGGACACGCCAGAUGCUGGGCAAGGGCUGCCUGCCUCGGAUGGGCCACUGAGUGUUUUAAAACAAGCCCCUCUGUUCUUGGAGAGGAAUUUCCAUCCCUUUGUGGAGCUGCCAGAGCAGCAACAGAGAGCUCUGAAUGACGUCCUCCAGGCGGUCCUGUUUGAUGAAGAAUUACUCUUGGUUCUGGAGCAAGUGUGUGAGGACAUAGUCAGCAGCCUGUCACCCUCAUUGGCGGUGCUGGGGAAGCUGAAGCCUUCACAGCAGCGGGACCUCGUGGCCUUCCUGCGGCUAGUGGGGUACAGUGUGCAGGGCGAGUGUCCAGGCCCAGAGGAUGUGGUCCACAACCAGAAACUCCUUUCUACGGCCUACUUCUUGGUCAGUGCGCUAGCAGAAAUGCCAGAUAACGCAGCAGGUCUGCUGGGCACUUGUUGUAAGCUCCAGAUUAUUCCUACACUGUGCCAUCUGCUCCGUGCUCUGUCUGAUGAUGGUGUGUCUGAUCUUGAAGACCCAGUCUUGGCUCCACUGAAAGAUACAGAAAGGUUUGGGAUCGUGCAGCGUCUGUUUGCCUCAGCUGACAUUAACCUGGAGAGACUGCAACCUUCUGUGAAAGUUACCACCCCGAAGGACCCUAACGUUUUCCCACUGAUUCUUUAUAUAAGCCUGAAUGGACUGUGUGCUUUGGGCAGAGCACAGUAACAGUGUCAUAUGUGGAUUACAGGAACUGGCUUGGAAUGAGACCAGCGCUUCCUCCCUCUUUUACAUGGCUAGCCUAGAAUCAAAUUAAUGAAUUGUAUAUCUCAGUGAUCAAAAUUUGAGACCACAUUCUAAUACGUAGGACAAGCAAUAGUCAGUUAAAAAAAAAUCACAUAUGAUCUUAAGAAACUGACCUUGAUAUUUAAAUCCAUGGCAUUGUCAGGAUAUUGAAACACUUUAGUACUGAGGAAUCAAUGGGUACCUAACCAGUGUGCUAUUUGGUAGUGAAUUUUUAGACCAAAAUACAAAGGUAUAAGGCUCUUUAAAUUACUAAAACUUUUUAUUUAUAAUACUAAACUAGUGAGAAUGGAAAGGAAUAAAUGCUGUUAUGUGUUGGCACCUAGUUAGGUGUUUGUUAUCCAAUAAUCCUACUACGCUGGUAUUUCCUGAGGCCAAAUCAAUGGGGAAAAAAAAAAAAGAGAGAGACAGCACUGGGAGAACAAGAGUGGAGAGUUUAGUUCAUGCUACCAGGAAUCUGAAUGUCCUGAGGGGGAGUAAGUUUAAAAUAGGUAAAACCUCACCUACUGUCAACAAACUAACUUAAAAUGAAACCCAAAGAAGCGCUAUUUCAAAAUAGCGGCUGGAGAACUGGCUACUAACGGCUUAUCCCACAACAUUAGUGACUUUAUCCUUACAGCUAGCACAGAAAAAUCCAGUAUCAUUUUUAGCAAUUAAAAUCCUGAAAAAUACAAUUAGAGUAAUAGACGACAAACAUGCAGGAAGAGAUUGAGAUAGAUAAUGGUGACAGGUGAUAGAGAAAACUGAGAGAUGGCAUUCACAGAGAAGGGAAAAAAGAGAAAACUGGGAAAGCUUCAAAAAGGACACUGUCACAGAAAGCAGAUUUUUUUUAGAUGAGUUCUAAGAAAUUCAGUGGAAACCUCUUGAAAUCAUGGAUUCCAUUUAAACUACUCAUUUCUUAGUUCUCUCACCACACUGUGCCCUUAUACAUCACAAUGUCUUAAUUUAAACUUAAGGACAUAUUAGCAAGACUGUUCUUAUUCUUGUAAUUCAUUCCCCCUUAGAAGUCAAUAUAACUUAUUAGAGGUAAUGUGAGUUACUAAUAUCUCCAUUUAAUUCAGAACUUAGUGCUAGGUACCAGGUCCCUUUCUUUCACACUUUGUUCCUUAAUGAGACUCUCUUUUGCUUUUACAGUUUAAGAGAUUUUAGACUUUGUUUCUACAGUUCUGAAUACUGUGGUUGCUAGUCAAUGUAAACAAGUACAAAACUGGACUUAUUACUUAUGCUAGAGUUUUCUGAAAACUGUAUUAGUGGAAAGGAAAAGGAAGACCAUCGCACACAUCUUCUGGAAAAUGGAGGGGGGAAAGACAGUGAUAACACACAUCCCUUUCCAUACACACAGAUUUCAAUCCAAGACCAAACAACACGGAUGAUAAAGCAAGCCUUCAUUUCUCAAUUACUGAGAAGAGGUGGGCAAAUGGAUUUAAGACCUUAAGAAAUUACGUUUUAUUUAUCACGAAUGUAUACAUAGAGGAGACAAGAGGAAGAUUACUCUACCUACAGUAAAAGACUCCUAGUUAAGAGGAACAAACACUAAAAAGGGAUGACCCCCAAGUGAGUUGUUCCUACCCAAUACUAUAUUUUACUGCAAUCACAUGUGGAAGAACUGAUUGGUCUAGUCUCUAAACCAAAGGAAGAGAACCACAGGCUAGUUAAUUCUGCAUUUAUUAACAGCUACUCACAAAUUCCCUCUCAAUUUGGUCUUCUGUCCACAAAAUUAGCAGCCAUGAAGCAGGAGCUGUUCAUGCAGGAAAAAUCAUUGGAACAAAUGCUAAUACCUUCUUCCUGAAUAUUCAGAUAUUGGCCAGAUCUAAGAUUAAAAAUAAAAAGGCAGUUGAAGAGAUUUUCAGAAGCAUACUGACCUGCCACCAGUUUGGGUCUUCUCUGUUUACAAUCUGAAGAAUUUCUCCUUUUGAAAACUUCAAUCCUGCUUCUUUGCAGGGUAUCAGGUUAUCAUUGUAUGGAUUAUAAUCAAAAUGACAUUUCACAAAUACCUAAAACACAGCACAAUUAAAAAUACUAGAGAUGUAUCAUUUGUCACGGGAUUUCUGAAAUCUUUUUCAAAGCACUGUGAUUUAAUUGUAACUGACAAUGUAUUUAGUACUUCAACUAAGGAACUUGUUUUCCUUAAAUAAGUAUAUAAUUAUUAGAACAUUAAUAAUUUGAUAUCAGAGAAGAAAAUAAGAAAUAAACGUUAGUACUACAUUAAGUUUUUGUUUCUAUUUUUAACUUCUAAUUGUAAAUCAACGGAGUUUGACAAUUGUUUUCUUUCACCAUUCUUACACUUUCUCCCAAUCUUUUCACGUGAUUUUCCAACCAACACUGCGUAAUUUUUACGCAAGUAAAUGCUACUUUCUAAUUAACAUUCUGAAUUAAUAUAUGCAGCUGAUUUAAGGCAUGUAUUUCAGAUAUAA